AUGUUCCAAUCAAUCCUCCUUGUCGGUGCAAUAGGCGCCGGAAGCUUUGGCGACUACGUUGCCCAUGAGCUUGUCAAGAAUCCAACUCAUUUCACUCGCAUUGCCUUCCUCAACAAUACCGAACGGCCCGCCGACGAAGUCAAAAAGGCUCGGAUCCAAGAGCUGAAAGCCAAAGGAUUUGAGGUCAUCGACGCAGCCGGCUAUGCUUCUCCAAAGUCCUACGAAGGAUUCGACUGCGUGCUGAGCUUCCUAGGAAAUCAUGGAUUGUACCUCCAGCCCACCAUCAUCGACGCGGCCAUUGAAGCCGGGGUCCGCCACUUCUAUCCCAGCGAGUACGGCGCCGAUAUCACCCACGGCCAGAAUUGGACCCAGCGCUACUACAAGUACAAAGUCCUAACGCGUGAGCAUCUCGAAGCCAGAGCUCGCGACACUGCCGAUCUGGGAUGGACAUACUAUCUGCUGGGCCGGUUGACGGAAUGGUCCAUCAUCUCCCACUUUGGUUUCGACAAUAAAAACGCUAAAGCAAAUAUCUAUGGCACGGCAGCAGGGAGACAGAGCUUGAUCGGCGCCGCGGAUAGCGCAAGAUACCUGGUCGAGACGUUGAAAGAGCCGCUUUCUCCCAAGGCCAAGGGAAAUCGACGCACAUAUCGCAUCUCCGGGACCAAUAUCACGUACGCGGAAAUCUUCGAGAUCCUCGAACGAGUCACGGGCAGACAAUACGACGUCACUUACCUGGAUGUGGAGAGCGCACAACACGAAGAAGCACAAUCAAAGACCGCUGGUGACGUCGAUGCGGAGCUGGCGGCGAGCCACAAACUGAUUCAGGGAAGGGAGGGGACUCUUCUGCCGCGACCCUGGGACAACGAUCGCUUCCCACUGAUCCAUCCCAAGGGUGUUGAGGAGACACUCCGCGAGGCUUUUGCAUCUGAGCGCGCAAAGAAAUGGUUUGGCGUGCUAUGA